AUGGUGGUCGACACCGCAUAUUACGACAUUCUCGGCGUCAAACCGACGGCCACCGAACUCGAGAUCAAAAAGGCCUACCGGAAGCUCGCCAUCGUCCACCAUCCUGACAAGAACCCAAACGACCCGACGGCCCAUACGAAGUUUCAAGAGAUUGGUGAGGCCUACCAGGUCCUGUCCAACGAAGACCUGCGUAAGGCAUACGACAAGUAUGGAAAGGAAUCGGCCCGCCCCACCGAGGGCUUCGUCGACCCUGCUGAGUUUUUCACAAGCAUUUUUGGCGGCGAGGCGUUCAUGGACUGGAUCGGGGAGAUCAGUCUGAUGAAGGACCUGACCGCCACCAUGGAUAUCACCAUGGCCGGCGCCGAGGAUGAGGAAGGGGCGGAAGAAGCGGCCACGGCAACGGAGCCCUCUAAAGAUGGCGAGUUUCCGGGCACAGAAGACGCGAUCAAGGAGAGCUUGAAGACCGCCGAAGGUGCGGGCCCCGCCGGGUCUCCGAGCGAAAAGAGUGAAAAGAAAGCGGUGCCGACGGUCGUAGUCGAGGAUGAGAAGAGCACCGGGAAAGCGGACGCACCACCGCGCUAUCCCCCGAAAGUGCCUUCGCCAGGGCCCGGUUCUGGAGCUUCAACGCCGCGGAGCGGCCGCGCGACCCAGAUUCCCAUCCGGCCGGCUCUCAUGGACAGACCAUCGGACGAAGCCGCACAGGCGUACGGAGAUACUGCACUGCAUGAAGGGAAGCGCAAGGACAAGAAAUCCAAGUCGGGCCUGACAAAGGAGCAGAGGGAGCAGCUAGCAGCCUACGAAAAGGAGCGGGCACGAAUCCGGCAGGAGCGCGUCGAUAUGCUCGCGCGGAAACUGCUAGAUCGUGUUUGUGUCUGGACGGAAACGGACAAGAGCAAAGACGUCACGGUAGCCUUUCAAGAGAAGACGCGGCUCGAAGUCGAGGAUCUCAAGAUGGAAUCCUUCGGCAUCGACAUACUGCACGCCAUCGGCGCCGUCUACGUCAGCAAAGGCACCACACUCCUACGCAGCCAAAAGUUCUUUGGCAUGGGUGGCUUCCUUAGCCGUAUGAAGGAUAAGGGCACGCUCGUCAAGGAUACAUGGAAUACCAUCAGCAGCGCCAUCGACGCCCAGCAGACAAUGGAGGAGAUGGCUCGGCUGGAGCAGCAGGGCGGUGAGGAGUGGACAGAAGAAAAGAAGUCCGAGUACGAGCGGCGAGUGACGGGCAAGAUCCUGACCGCCGCCUGGCGGGGCAGCAAGUUUGAGAUCCAGAGCGUGCUCCGCGACGUCUGCGACGCCGUACUGAACGACAAGAAGGUGCCGCUGGCCAAGAGGCUGGAGCGGGCACAGGCGCUUAUUCUGAUUGGCGAGAUCUGCUCCAACGCCAAGCGUAGCCCGGAGGAAGAGGGUGACUACAUGGCGUUUGAGCAACUAGUCGCCGAGGCCGCCAUGAAGAAAGAAAAAGAGUCCAAGAAGAAGGGUAAAGAAAAGAAGGACAAGGUGGACAAGGGGGAGAAGUAUGGGGACAAAGCCUGGGUCGACGCAGCCUCGGCAGCGGCUAAUGACGCACCUAACGUGCCCAAGUCAUGA